AUGACAUCGUCGCCGGCACGGGACAACGCUGACAGAGGCGCCUUAACCAACCCCCACCUCCCCGAAGAUUCCGCAUCUGCAGCAUCGGCACCUCAUGCGUCUGAAGUCUUCUUAUCGGACAAUGGAGGAGACGGGGGACUCUCUGGCUCCCUGCUGUUAUCGCAGCAGCAGCAGCAGGGGAAGGAAGAGCAGGACCACCACCAUACCGAGCAGCAUCACCAGCAACAAGGUGCUUCCGUGAUGGCGCCGCCCAAGAUCGGCAACCGCUUUUCCUCCGAGGCACUCAAGAUCCUCAGAACUUGGUUUGCAAGCCACGAACAUGACCCUUAUCCGGCCAAUGACGAGAUCGAAAAGCUCCAGAGCCAAACAGGACUCAACCAGCGCCAAGUGACCAACUGGUUUGCCAACGCGAGGCGGAGAUCCAAGUUCUACCACUCGCGCCCGUCGUCGCCCUUUCUUCGCGAUGCCGAUGACCACCACAGCUCUUCGUCUGCCGGCCAGACCCCCGUCGAUACUCCAAAGAGACGGGCCGCAACCCCAGCACCCUUUGAGCACAUGAACCCGCUUCAGCGUUGGGAGAACUCGCCCCCUGAGCACGAGCCCGCGACCGCCCAUGCCAUCUCCCGUGCCAUGGCGGCCCUCACCGAGCAGCCCAGAGGCCGAAGCAGUCGGCCGCGCCGGACGAACAGCAGCAGUGCCGUGUCGGCGAGCUCCUCCGUGUCCAGCCGUGGCUCGGGCUCAUGUAGCUCCGCGCACUCGUACAAUUCCCUGGCGUCUCUGGAACGUGUAUUCAAGCGGCAUGGACGGCGGAAGAGGAAGCUUGCGAGUAAUCGACUCGAGGUAGGGGCUCAGACCACGCUGAUUCAGGCAGAAAACAUGUAUCAGUGCACCUUCUGCACCGAGACGUUCAAAACCAAGUAUGAUUGGCAGAGGCAUGAGAAGUCGUUGCACCUGUCGCUCGAGAACUGGGUUUGUUCGCCGGAAGGUCCCACUGCGAAUCGGCAAGACGAUGGUAAGCUCGUGUGCGUAUUCUGCGGUUCCGAGAACCCAGAUCUGGUGCACUUGAACGGACACAACCAGAGCGCUUGCUUGGAACGGCCCUUGGAAGAGAGGACGUUUCAUCGUAAGGAUCAUCUUCAACAACAUCUCAAACUGGUGCAUCAUUCAACAUUCAUGAAGUGGCCGAUGGACCAAUGGAAGGUCGUAGGCCGAGAGAUUGGGUCGCGAUGUGGUUUUUGCGGCAUCCUGCUUAGCACUUGGGCCGAGCGUGUCGAUCACCUCGGCGACCACUUCAAAAGAGGGAAGACAAUGGCAGAUUGGAAGGGGGACUGGGGGUUUGAUACCGACGUACUCAAUAGAAUUGAUAACGCGAUGCCUCCUUACCUUAUCCAUUAUGAGAGAAACUCCCCGCUGCCUUUCGCUGCCACAAAAGGACCCGCGGAUACCCCUACCAGCGGUUAUGAGCUCAUCAAGUUGGAAUUAGAGUACUAUAUGCGGAACCAUUUCAACGUAAAUGGCUGUCUACCGCAAGACUCGGAAAUCCAGUUCGAGGGGUGUUCGGUUAUUCUCGGCGCUGAAGCCAUAUCGUCAACACCUGCCUCGUCUGCACCCUCAUGGUUCAGCGACAUCUUCAUGUCGUCCACCGAGAUUGCCAACCGGGCCAGACUUCGACCUACCAAGGAGCUUUCCGAGUCAAGAUUAAGUCGCCUCCAAGUGAACGGCAAGGGCAACAUCUUCGAGAACUGCGAGCUUGAGUCGUCCCUGAGACAAUUCAUGGAAGUUCAGGCUUUUCUUGGCCACACCGUCACGGACUCCGAAUUGCAACAAGAAGCAUGCAAUACGCUGCACCGGAUAGAGGAAUCAUCGCCGAAUGUCUCGGAAAGAUUUGUCGAGUUCAUGAUGAGAUUGAUCUGGGCCUCGACAGGAUGGCUGACCCCCUUGCGCCAGCGCAGUCCCGAAAGCUUGACCAACAUGCCAUAUGAAGGUCUGUCGAUUAGUGGUAGUAUACAACCAGCGUCGAUGGGUGACUUAAAUCCGUUUUCGUAUGAUCUUCCUUGGGACCAGCAGCCUACUCUCACUGGGGUCGGCGUCGACUUCCUACCGUUAGAUAGCAGUGAGAUGGCCGUGGAAACUCCGAAUGAUCAUGGCUUCAUCACUGAUCCUGCAAAACUCCCACCUUCUAUUCGUAAUGGAGAGAAUCGAAAUGCAAGAUCACUGGGAUUUCAUCCUGGGCUCGCCACAAAUUUCUCUGGCUUUGCAGAGGACCCAGUAUCCCCGGUAAUUUUUCAACGCCCUGCGCCUCGCUUUGACCAAGACAACAGGAGGAUUCGAUCCGGCACUCCUUUUUUUCUCAACGAUAAUAACAGCUACAGACGACUCAAGCGGGAGCUGUCGAGAUUUGUUCUUACAACCAUGUCCCGAAACAACCCCAAUAGCCAUAUUCCAACUGACGACGAACUCAAGUACCAAGCAAGAUGGAUUCUCUACGAUGAGUGA